CAGACACGACGCUACCCUCCGGAGGAAUCUUGUUUCACGGUUCGGGACCCCCCCUUGCACUCCAGGGACACGGUAAUUCAAAGACCUGGUUCAAACCUGCCUUCCCAAGGGGCAGUGACACUUGGUUCUGGGCACAGUCAGCACCCUGGGGAGUUUGCAGCCUGCAGCCUUGGAUCCGGCACAUCCCCUGGUGGAUUCAACACCCCUUACCCUGGAACCAGUCUAACCGCAGCGUCCAGCCCUGGGCCUGGGGAGCCUAGGGUAUACAGUUCGGGGCGUAGUCCGGGCUCCGAGUCAACUUCCUUGCACCCCUACAACUCCUGUGAGGACCAGCCCCAGGGCAUCUUGAAACACAACUGCAGCAUCUUGCAGCAGAAAUCCCCCGGUGCGGAGAUGAAAAAGUCUCAGCACUGGGAUGAGAUGAAUAUCCUGGCCACUCACCAUCCUGCUGAUAAGGACUAUGGUUUUAUGAAAGUGGACGAGCCUGGAACCCCUUAUCACAGACUGCAGGACAGUGAUGAGGACCUGUCUGAGGGGUCCUCCCUCAAGGUGACCCCUGAAGUGUUGGCAGAGAGGUUUGCAACAAUGGACAAUUUCCUCCCCAAGGUCCUCCAGAACAGUGAUAACGGAAGCUCAAUGGCUACAGACAACUUUUCCAAGACAUACUCCAAUGAUUUUUACAAGCACCGCGAAAGACACUACAAUGAAAGAAAAUUCCUCAGGGCUCAGAAAAACAUGCCCAUGUAUGAUGACAAGGAGAGCAACUGGGGCAGUGCCAGUAUCAACAGUCGUGGUCAAGGUGUGAUGAUGGACCUAAAGCCCAGGCCUGUGGAGAGAGGGUCGCCAGGAGCACUAGCUGGAGCAGUCAAAGAUGAGACUGCUUGGGUGACUGUGAGUGACGUCCUAGAAGCCAAAGAUUCUUCUACCUGCAGAAAUCAGUUCCUCCCAGCAUCAGCCCCCAUCCUUUUGGAGAAGGAGAUUGACCAGCAAUGCAAGGAAUAUUACAACAAAGGAAUAUACCUGAGAUCCUGCUCCCACCCAGAACUUGAAGAGGACACACAAGAUAAGCAGCAGAACACUACCAUGUCCUCCAGUGACAGUGAUUCUCAAGUGGUAUCCAGCUGGUAUCAAUGGCUGGAGGCCAAGAGGCUGAGCUGCCAUAGCCCAGGGAACUCAGAGAGGGAACAUGGAAGCAACCAGAACCCAUCAAACUGGAACAUGCACGGAUGUGAGCCUGGGAAGAGAUGAAACCCGAAGCACCAAUGGACUCAGGAAGAGGAAACCAGACAAUGGAAACCAUAGCCGGCUAGGGGUGGGAUAAAGGCAACCUUCCCCUGCCCUUACAACCUUAGGAAUGGACAAUAAAGAUAAGAAUAGCAGGAA